AUGAACGGCAGUCCAGGCGCCUCCCCUAUGUUUGCUUUGUUCACCGAGAACGGACCGUGUCAUGUCAACCCUAAUCUGACAACAAGCGAGAACCCGUGGUCUUGGAACCAGCAGUACAACGUUCUGUAUCUGGACCAACCAGUGCAAACGGGGUUCAGCUACAAUGUCCCGUUUGUCGGGACAUUGGAUCUGACCACGGCGAAAUCAUGCUAUUGGACUCAGAGAAUCCAACGCCCUCGGGCCCAGCAGUUAUCCUUGGCGUGUUUGGUAGCCAGGAUGCGAGCCAAACCGCGAACACGACACCCAACGCCGCCAGGCACUGGACAGAAUCUUAUGGUGGCCGAUAUGGUCCUGGAUUCGCAGCACCGGGAUUUCGCAUGUAACUGGGUUGGGGGCGAACGGUCGAGCCUCAGUGUGAACUAUGCAAAGUCGGAUGAAUUCCAGAAAGCUGGAUAUGCAGAUGUAUCUAUCGAUACUGGCUCGCCCGUGGGCCAAAUCCGUCAACAUGGAUGA